AUGGCAUCCGAGAGAAAAAAUUCUCAAGCACCUAAUUUAGCAGCAUUUUUAUUAAUCAAACGAAGAUUAGCGGCGAAACAAGCUGUUGAAAACGGUGACAAUCAAGGCCAACUACAACUUCCAGCCACUAAUGUUGGCGCUCAUUCGGUUGAGAAAUUAAGCUAUCAUCAAAUUGUGCCUCAAGUAAAUUCAACAGCAAUAACACAUACGAAUCAAAGCGAAUCACCAAGCCUGAGUAGAAACAGCAAACAAAUAGAAGUGGCAUUACUUGAUAGAAAAAUUGGAGAAAUCAAUCUUAAACAAGAAAAUAAAACAAAUGCAACAUUGGAUACAUGGAAAGAUUUCGAAUCCUUUAAUUAUGGAUUUGUUACUGAGUCAGCAAUACAACAACCAAAGCCUAUGUCACCUAUAUCACAACAAGAACAGCGUACUUCAACACCAAAGUCUACAACACAAAUACAACCGAUCGAACCAAUAGAAGAAAUUGCUCAUCAAGAACCACAAGUAAAUCAACUGCCCAUUGAGAAAUAUUCAUCGCCUAUAUUAGAACGAUCGACAUCUAACAAUAUGGAUUCUCCAAUUCGUAAUCAAUCAGGUGCGAAAACGCCAUCGAAAGAGGAAGAACUUCGAAAAGAAACUGUAGAUAAGCCAUUCGUAUCUUCUCCUCUGCCUCCAAAAACAAUCAAUGAAAAACGAAAAUCUUCUCCUGAAGUAUACACUCCAAUUCAUUCUGCGCCUUCACUAGAUAGCGAGAAAACAUAUAAAUACAAACAGCCACAAUCGCUACCGUCUAACUCACCAAUUCCUAUGAUUGAACAAACGGUUCCAAUAACAUCGAUUAUCGCUAAUCCAAAUAUAUUUCAAAAUAAUUCGCAAUCGCUCGAACAGCCAUCGUCCCCAGUAUUGAAUCGUCGUGCUUUUAAAUUGUUUCCGGAUAUCAAACGUCAUGAAGCAGAAAGAUCUAAACAUGGCCUUACAAGUAUCCAACGAAGUAUGGACCGCUAUCGUUUUCAUGUAUGGUAA